UAAUACAUAUACACUAUGCAUGCUGUUGUAGCUACGGCCCUGGCUGAGAUCAGCACCAACAUCGUUGAAGGCAGCAAUGCAGCUGCAGGAGAGUUUCCCUGGCAAGGAAGUGUCCAGGUGAGGAGUGGCAGCAGCUGGUUCCAUAUCUGUGGCUGCGUCCUCUACACCACCAACAAGGCCCUCACUGCCGCUCACUGUCUCUCCAACAGCGCUAGCAGUUACCGUCUUGGCUUUGGCAUACUCAGAAUGAACGAUAAUGAUGGAACUGAACAGUACUCUUCAGUCACCUCCUACACCAACCACCCUGACUACAAUGGUAAUGCUGGUGGCUAUCCUAACGACAUCGCAGUCCUGAGACUGUCAACCUCAAUGGACACAAACAGUUCAGCUGUGUCAACCGUUAAUCUGGCUUCUGGUAGCAACGACUAUGCCGGACAAACAUGCACGAUCAGCGGAUGGGGAAGACUCAGUGGAGGUGGCAGCACCCCCAACGUCCUCCAGAAGGUCGACAUGACCGUGCUGACCAACACCGACUGUUCCAACAGAUGGUCUAGUAUCAGUGGUGCCACCGUCAACUCACUAAAUCACGGUGACAGUGGUGGCCCGCUGGUAUGCGGUAAUACGUUGACUGGAAUCACAUCAUGGGGUAUCAGCUCCUGCUCUGGCAGCUAUCCCAGUGUCUACACUCGUGUGUCCUCCUUCUACAACUGGGUCCAGAUACAAUAAAAGACACUCUUGUAAAACAGGCAGAUGACGUUUCAAGAUUAAAAUACACAAAACAUUCAAAA